AUGGGAAGGUUGUCAACUUCUUGCGAAAUGGCAUCCGAAGCCUGUAACUUGGGCUCCUGUGCGCUAAAAUAAUACAGCUCCUCCUUCCCAGGUCCCCGUUAGAGCCAAGAGACCCCCUGUGCUCCUUCUUAUUGACAAACACACAAAGGGCUGCGCCGGGGACGCGUCUGGAGCCGGCAUGGGAGACAAGAAGAGCCCAACCAGGCCGAAGCGGCAGCCGAAACCCUCCUCGGACGAGGGCUACUGGGACUGCAGCGUCUGCACCUUCCGCAACAGCGCCGAGGCCUUCAAGUGCAUGAUGUGCGACGUGAGGAAGGGCACCUCCACACGGAAACCUCGACCUGUCUCUCAGCUGGUUGCACAACAGGUUCCACAACAAUUUGUGCCCCCUACACAAUCAAAGAAAGAGAAAAAAGACAAAGUAGAAAAGGAAAAAAGUGAAAAGGAAACCACAAGCAAAAAGAACAGUCAUAAGAAAACCAGGCCAAGGUUGAAAAAUGUGGAUCGAAGUAGUGCCCAGCAUUUGGAAGUUACCGUUGGAGAUCUAACAGUCAUAAUUACAGACUUUAAGGAGAAAACGAAGUCACCACCUGCUUCCAGUGCUGCUUCUGCAGAUCAACACAGUCAGAGUGGUUCUAGCUCUGACAACACAGAAAGAGGAAUGUCCAGGUCGUCUUCACCCAGAGGAGAAGCAUCAUCGCUGAAUGGAGAAUCUCAUUAAUAAGUUUAUAUCCUCCAGUUUCUUUAGUCUCUUCUCUUCAAAACAUGCAAAUACUUAACUUCUGUCACCUGUUACCACAUUUUCACGACAGGUUGUUCAUGCACAAUUAGUAUGUUGACUGGAACAUAAUUUAUGCAUUAAAAAAAAAAAGGAAAAAGUGCAGUGGUAGAAACAAUAAUUUAAAUGCAAUCUAGAAAUGCUUACGCAGCAUUUUUCAGACCAGGUUUUUAAUUUUCAUGUGUAAAGGUGCCAUGAAAAUGUGGUUUGAAUGUUCAUUAUGCAGUGUUAUUGGUAAGUCCAUUUUCACUUUUAGUUUAGUAAAUUCUAACACAUCUCUUGGAGUCUCUACUAUUGGCAUGUACUGAAUUAAAUUUUUUUAUAACAUAGUUCAAGCUGCCUAAAUAUGUAUUAUUUGAGAAUUGUGAAACAUAGUUAUAUGUAUGCAAGUCAAAGAUCAACUUAACUAUUGCUGCAACAGAAUUUUCAUAAUUAUCUUGAAAACACCUGCUGGUACUUGGUGUGGUUAAAUAGGAAAAAUGUUAUUAAAUAAAACAUUUGUAUGAAUUUUUGCCAAUGUUUGACACAUUUUACUAGAUGACUGAAUUAUGUUGAUGGUUUAACCAAUAUUUUUUCACACUUAAAACACUUAUUGCAAUGUUUACAAGCAAACCAGAAAACACAUUCUAAGCAUUUAUUGGUUAACCUUACAAUUCAGGUGAAGUUCUACAUUGUCACUGUACACUGGCAUUCUAUGUUGUGUCUCAGAUGAGGACGCAUUUGGUGAAAAUUAACAUUUGGAAAUAGGAAAGUUUGAAAAAGCUUUAAAAAUAACAGAAGUGCAUUCCUCCUUUCUGCUUAGUGCUAUUUCCUUGCCCCAAGUUUAUCUAGUCUCAUGUAGUCAUUUCAUAAUUUCAUUACAGGAGUAGCAGAUGUUGCACAAGAAUAAGGAAAUAACAAUUCUAUAUUUUUUUUGUUCCCGAGUCAAUUUCUUUAAUGUCGAUUUGGCCUGUUAGAAUGUAAUCUGUCAUAAAUCAUGUGGAAAAACCUCAGUAUCCUACUUUAUGGCAUAAACUGUCAACAUUUAUGCACUUAGCAAUAUGCAGAGCAGAAUUAUUUACAGUCCCAUCUGGUAUUAUGUAAAACUACCAAUAAAAUAUUUUUGUGAAUACA